AUGAGUGAUAAUGAAAUGGAAGAAGGACAAGAAGAAGAAAACAAAGGAAAUAGUUUUGCGAAUUCGCCUAAAUGGGAGCAACCUCUAUCGAUUAAGAUAGAAUCGAAGUAUAUUUACCCAAGCCAAUCUAUUAAGAAAAUGAAACUACUGCUUUCAUUCCUUCCAUCACUAGCAUCUUCUACGCUAUCAACAACGAUCAGAUCUAAAAUUCUUACCUCUGGAAGCAUAACUACAUCUAUCAUACCCCAUCAUGAAAGUAUACAAACACAUAAUGCUUCGGAAGUAAACUACUUUUACUAG